AUGUGUCUCAUUUCGAAUGAAAUUAGAGGAAAACGGUACUACGGUUGGACGGGUUGUCAACGUCUUUUCGCAGUAUUCGAAGUAGAGGAUCACGAAGCUUUGGCCUCAAUGUGGGACAACACCACGCCGGAGAUGGGCUUUCGACCUCUUCUGUUGGACAUCUUCUACCCGCGCUUGUUGGGAGAUCCCACGGUUCCUGAGGAGUUGUACGAUACAGGUAUGCGCUCGCGCCGUUUACAACGUACCUUGUUUUACGAGUUCGUGCGAAAGUUGGCAUUUAAAGCUGUUGCCAACAAAGACGGCUACAAACGGAACGACGAAUGGAAGGAAACUUUGGUGAGCAAGUUGGGAGAAAACAGCUUGCCAGCGAAGAGAGACCCCAAUGAUAAACUGACUGGUGGCUAUUUUGGCCCUCGUAUGCAAAAAGCGGUGUUACCGUAUCUGGAUCAAAACCCUGCUGGUAUGGCUGACGUUUUGGGUGACAUCGUGCUUCGUGAUGUCGAUCCUCAUGGUGUUGUAGCUUCGGAAGGAGAGGAAGAACAUUUUCGUGCCGACGCUCCACCGACAGGCGGCGCUCCAGCAGCAGCAGCAGCAGCAGCAGCAGAUGAACACGCCGUCCGUGGACGUACGUGUCAGUGUUGCGCAAAACUGAAAAAGUGGUGUCAGCGUCCUCCGUCCCAGUCGUCGCCGAGUCGUCCCCCGACUCCGACUCCGAUCAGCGUACGUUCAGCCUUAAAAAGCUUGGCGCCAUUAAUGCGCGCCCACGUUUUUCAUCCUGGGCCUAGUGUCGCGGAGCCGAAAGUUCAUGGCGUUAUUGCCCGACUCGUUCCGUCGCGAAGUCUAGGCGUUGGUGCACCGGAGGAAGACUUGAGUAACGCUGCUGGUCGGAUUCCGGUCCCUGAUGGGCUCAAAACUUUAGCCGUGUUUCCGGAGGACAUAGCUAAACUGCAAGUGCCGAGCCCUGAGUCAGAUGGAAGGGCCGCGACCUUUCAAGAAAAACUCGAGAGCUGGUUAGAGGCCAAUGGAGUGCUUGAUGACGUCAACAGCAAGACAAUCUUGGUCCAUGGUGAGACCCUCUACGAGAAGAAGCUUGAAGCAGAUCUAAGAGGUCAACAGGCUCACGAAACAAAGCGCGUUGUGGCGCGUUUUCUAG